AUGCGUCUUGCGUUCUUUGAUGGCUCGUGUCUUGACGUUCUUUUUGCUGCCCUUGUAUGGUGCCCGCUUGUUUACAGCUCUACAAUCUUCUCAUUCAUCUUCGCGUCUCGCCUUCCCCGCUACUUCAAUCCGACGUUUGCAAACUUUUGGCAUCCGCUUCUGACCACCUACAUCUCGGCGACAGUGUGGUUUUUAGGCUACGGAGCAAUGAAAGGAAAGAGUCUGCUGGAUGUACUGGGAGAAUACCUCAAGACUGGUGGAUUGUGGAACUUCAUCAUGUUCUUCUUGGAACCAGCCAUUAUCUCUUUCGCCUUCGGUCUUUAUGAGAGAAGAGUUCUCCUCGUGCAGAAUGCUGCAGCCAUCAUUGGUGGAUCCUUCACAGCAGCUUUCGUUGGAAUCUUUCUCAUGGCUGGCCUUGCGAGAGCCUUCAACCCCUCUCGCACAAUCAAGCUUGCGCUGCUUCCUCGUGCAACUGCUGCCUUGGCGAUCGUGCAGGCCGGGAUGAUCGGAGCGUCAACGGCUCUCACUACUGUCAACUGCUGCCUUACGGGCAUCGCCGGGGCAAACUUCGGGCCGAAACUUCUUGACUUGUUUGGACAGCGAGACCCCAUCGCUCGAGGGGUGGCGACAGGAGGUGCAGGUCUUGCGCUGGCAUCGGCAGCGUUGGCAUUGAACGAUCCUCUCUCCUUCCCCUUCGGCGCCCUCUCCAUGGCCAUCACUUCGACCUUCGCCACGCUCCUGUUCUCUAUCCCCCAGGUGAUCCAUCUCACUCUCUCAGCUUCCUUUGCUCAGCUUCCCUCCAGUUCUCCAGCUUAG